UGGAGCAGCUGUCCAGGGUUUGGAAUUCCAACAUGGCAGAGGCUGUGGUCAGUCUUCCCCCCACUAACUUGGAAUGGUUUCAAACCGCGAGAAGCCACGCUUGAUCGCGGCGAGCCCCGCAUUCCUCCCUGCGUUCCGCGGAUCGAUGGUCGCGUAAAGCCGUGACGCUGCGCUGUCACCUCACACAGGCUUGAAGACAUGAUCACUAGCAGCAGUAUUUAUGGUCUAAAGAUGCAGUGGACCCCGGAGCACACACAAUGGGCAGAACAACACUUUGACAUCUCAUCUACUACCCGCUCUCCAGCUCACAAAGUGGAGGCCUACAGGGGGCACUUACAGCGAACAUACCAGUAUGCGUGGGCAAACGAUGACAUCUCUGCGCUGACUGCCUCCAAUCUGCUCAAGAAAUAUGCAGAAAAGUACUCUGGGAUCCUAGAAGGCCCAAAUGAAAGAGCCCUGCUGUGCUCCUACUCGGAUAGCACCAGUGGACUCGUGAAUGGAAGAAAGUCGGAGAAUGAGUCCUGGCAGGAGGGGAUUUACCCAAUGAACUGUGCUCCAGAUGUUAUAUCUGUGAGCAAAGCUGGAAUGACAGCAGCCCUCCCCCCUACAGACGUGUCUGCGAGCAUAGGAAGCUCUCCAGGGGUGGCAAGCAGCUUGUCUGAGCCUAGCUACUCCAGCAGUAACUGUGGGAGUCACCCAGCCACCACUCUUCACUCGGGCCUCCCCUCUCAGGAAUAUAAUGCCAGUUACAAUGGCUCUUACCUGCAUUCUAGCUACAGUAGCCAGAGCACCCCAGCCCUCCCCUCCCCUCACCCCUCUCCUCUGCAAAGUGCUGGGCUCCUACAACCACCACCACCUCCGCCUACUUUAGUGCCAAGCUACAAUGCUGGAUCUCCUAACCUUCCCAACUAUAGUUAUCCUCCAACAGGGUAUGCUUCACAGACCGCUGCGUGUCCUGGUUAUAGCCCUGGGGGAGCACCACCACCCUCGGCUUAUCUGCCAUCUGGUAUUGCAGCACCCACUCCAAUACCUCCUUCCACUCUGCCCGGUUAUACCUACCAGUCUCAUAGUCACACACCAAUCACACCUACACCUUUAAAUGGUAGCUCAUCUAACUCAUUAAAACGGAAAGCUUUCUACAUGAGCGGACAUGGAGAUGUGGACACAAGCUACGCUAAUUUCAGCUACAACCAACAGCGUUCCUCACAGAGCCCUAUGUACAGAGUAGCAGACACCAGCAUCUCCGACUCAAACAGGGGCACUGGCUUUGAAAGAAACACAGAGCCAUCAUCUUUAGCUUUUAAACCAACAAAACAGCAAAUUUCCUCUGAUCAGCAAAGAAAAUUUAACUUGCACUCCAGCAGAGCACUGACUCCUCCAUCUUAUGGAUCAACCAAAAACUCUGCAGGAGAUCUAAGAACUGGGGAGCCAUACAGCAAAUUCGGGUCUCCAAUCAUGGGCGAGCAAACUGAAGAGCACAGACAGCACAUCCCCCACUCCCUUUCAGGGCCUGAUAUAGGAACGGCUACCUCAUCCAUCCAGGCUGCAGAGGAACAACUUAAGAACAGUGAUUCCAGUCUGGUAGAAUUGGUUAACACCGAAAUCCUUCAGCAGGGUUCUCCGGUAGACUGGACUGACAUUGCAGGUCUAGAUAUGGCCAAAGCAACUAUUAAAGAGGAAAUACUGUGGCCUAUUUUGAGACCUGACAUGUUUAGCGGACUUGCCACAUUACCGCGGAGCCUGCUCUUAUUUGGACCUCAGGGAACUGGCAAAUCACUGCUGGCUCGCUGCAUGGCCAGCCAGCUGGGGGCUGCUUUUUUGCGGCUGAGUGGCUCAGCACUGGUCACAAAGUGGCUUGGAGAAGGGGACAAGAUCAUCCAAGCUUCUUUCCUUGUAGCACGCUGUCGUCAACCAGCAGUAGUCCUAAUCAGUGAUGUGGACCUGCUGCUGUCUGCCCAACUAACCGAAGAGAGCCCAGUAAAUCACCUAAAGGCUGAGCUACUCAUCCAGCUCGAUGGUAUUCUGACCUCUGCAGAGGACCACGUUCUUGUGGUCUGCUCCACAAGUAAGCCAGAAGAGAUCCCUGACACCCUACGGAGGUACUUUACGAGGCGUUUGCUCAUCCCUUUGCCUGAUGGGAGUGCACGCCAUCAGAUAAUCAGCCAACUUCUCUCACAGCACAACUAUUGUCUCAGUGACAAAGAAAUAUCAUUACUCGUUCAAAGGACAGAGGGAUUUUCAGGGCUGGAUGUAGUCCAGCUGUGUCAAGAGGCUAUGGUUGGCUCUCUUCAUGGCAUUCCUGGGGCUGAACAUCCCAGCAUCCAUCCCAGUCAGAUUAGACCUGUCGCAUACCAAGACUUUGAAAAUAUAUUUUGCAAAUUCCAGCCUAGCAUAUCACAGAAAGAGCUAGAUGUAUACACCGAGUGGAAUAAAAUGUUUGGUUGUAGUCAGUAAAGGGGACCAAAUGGACACAAUUUCCUUACUUUACUGUGUUAAGUAUAAAUAAAAAGUUUGGUCUUUUUUAAACAACAAAAAAACAGUGGUGACAUCAACAUUUUAUGUAGAGCUUUGGACACAAUCUGGACAUCAUACAAUGCUACAUCCAUGCUCAAAACUAACUUCAAAGGGAUGUCCCACUUUUUUGUAUAUAGAUAUAUACAAAUAUAUAUAGGUAUAAUGCUGAUUUUGAGAUUUAGUUGCAAUCAAGUGCCUGAGAUGGUGCUGUUUAAGUUUUUUUUUUGCCUCACAAUCUUCAUUGGUGAUACGUGCUAAUAUAAAAACAAGCUUUACAAUGUGAAAAAAACCUUUUCUAUUACAGCAGUGUUGUUCAGCUGUGUCUGUUUUGUGAUCUCUGUAAAAUGUUGUGGUUAAUUUCAGCUGAAUUAAAUUAAUUGGCAGAAUUUCCCUUGAGCCUCAUUUCCUGGCACAGGUUUCAUGUGUGCAUGUAGGUUAUUUAAUUAUAGUAAAACUGUCACAUAUAUAUUUUACAUUUAUUUGUUUUCAUUGCCUUCUAGAGUUACAUUUAAUCAAUGUACUGGGCUUGUUUGGGUUGGUCUACAUACAAAACAUUACAAGGUGGUAUCAAUUGAUGUUGAAGUAUUGACACCAGGGGUAAGUUUGUGUAAAAAGCUUUAAAAUAAAUUCAUAUUUAACUGCAGUAGCUAAAUAACCAUCCUGAAAUAUUUAGAAAAGCUCAGCAUAUAUUUUCAGUACAUUAUUUAAGGACUAAAAAUACUUUUCUUUUUAAAAAAACAUCAACACCGCUUUUAUAGAUGCCCUUGCGUUUUUAACCUUUUAAACCUCUUUUGCCAAAAGAAAAAGACCUAGGGCCUGAUCUUUGCAUGUAUUCAAAACUUGUAAGCACUUGCAAAACUGAUCUUAGCACAAGGCUGCAUAGCAAUUUGCGUGUGCAAAAAAACAGUGGGCAGAGACUUACUUUCUUUUUUCUGCAUUGGAAAAUUUAUGGAGGAUAAUAGUCAAUUGAUAUACUUACCAUUGGCGAAGCGAUGUAUUACAACUAAACAGGAUUGAGGGUAAAGUUUUUGCAUCUAUGUUUAACAUGCUUUUAAGUCAGUUGCAAACUCAUGCAAAAUUGUUUGUUUUAGUGCCGACAAGAGAGACAUUGGUACAGUGCCAGUUGAUGGAGAUUGUGGGCAUUUGCGAACAUAUUGGAUGGCAAGAAACAAAAUAUUUGUUGGUAAAAAAUGUCUGGCCUGGCAAGCUCAAAUUAAUUAAAAAGGAAUACUAGGUUUAUGCAAUUACACCAAAGUGAAAAACACCAUGACUGUACUUGAAUAUUGUAGCAUCUUUAUAAAAAAGCAAAAGAAUAUUAAGAGUAACCAAAUAACAAAAAUCACAGGUUCUGUAAAGAGACAAAGAGAGGGAACUUAAAAAUGUGCAUACUAACUUGUGGUAGGGGGGAAUUUUUCCCCCACUCAUUGUUCUUUUAGAGGUUCCUUGCAAAAACAUUCAUUUCACUUUUUUAGAACAUUGAAUGAAUUAAAUUACUGGCCUGCUCUAUUUGGCAAUAUUCGGGGUAAAGUGGGUGUUUUGAUUUGUUUGUCGAGGUAAAUCCAAGUGAUUUUAAAGCGUAUAUCACUGUAAACCUGACCCUAGCUCCUUCUUGGUCCUAGGGCUUUGGAGGAAGGAAGUGAAAUGUUCUUACUUUUAAUAUUUUUAUAAUUUUUCUAACUUUAUAUGUCACAAUUUGAGAUAUGUAUAUAUAUAUAUAGUUAUUUCCUUUUUUUUAAUAACCAUUGUUAACUCCAUUAUUGCCACCCUCAAACUGCUAGUCGCACACAACUUAACCUGUUUACAUGUUUUUUACUUUGCCCAUGCAGUCUUUGUAAAUCACAAGCAACAUGCAUAUGCAUUUUUUUUUGUCCAGCCAAUUCAGUGCUCCUUACAGUAUUUGGAUUUCUUUGAAGGUCAGGCCCUAAGUCUUCUCCAGGGCCAAUUAUUACAGAGUGCUGUGUCCUCUCUUCUAGAGUUCUCUGUUCUCCUCUCUUCAGGUCUGAUGUAUAUAAAAAAAAAAGGUUGAUGAAGGGCAAAAUAAAUAAUUUGGAAAAGAAUAUGUUGGAUCAAAGACAUCAGACCACAUCAAAAUUCUAUUCAAGCAGUUAUCUGCUUUCAGGGAUAUCAGACACUUACCCCUAACCUUUGAAAAAGAAUAGCAUGAGACGCUCCACCACACUCAACAGUGGGGAUGUUGUGGUGACGUCGUAUGUAUUUAUUUUUUGUUUUGUCAAAGAUACAUUGCUAUCAGCCAGUGCUCUAUUUAUUCAGGUCAGACACAGCAAGCUAAGCACCUUGUUAUUGUGUACGUUUUUAAGCUUGGGUUUCUGCACAUGCUCCAAUAUCUUUCCAAUUCUGAGCAUUGAAUUUGAGGAAUUGAUCUCUGUGUCAUGUCCUAUUUAAAAUCAAAGUCAUGAAUUACUUAUUAAAGCCUCCUAAACUCCUUUAAAAUGACUCAAUUAGAUGAAGUAUAUUUUAGUAGAAUUUUUAAGGGACACAAAUUAUUGCAAACAAUAUGAUUAUAUCACAAUAUAUUUUUGAAACAGUUUUGUUAAAACAUGCUAUUGCAGUAUGCGGUGAAAUUAUUUUAAGGCUUUUUGCACAUUACUAAAUUUGGCAGAUGCUUUUAGUUGCAAAGUUAUUCCUAAAACAUAUCCCUGCAGUCAUUUAUUAGACAAGUUAUCCAUAAAUUCUUUUUCCUAUUUGAAAUCUCAGGAAUGUGUUUGUGAUAUACACUUUACAAGCUUGUAGUACAACACUAUGCAUGACAAACAUUGGGUUUACUGUACGUUUAAAACUGUAUCAUUAAACACAUUAGGAUUUUUAAAAAGGUCAAAACAUAAGGGAUUCUGUAGUGAUUAGAUAAUGGUUUAUUUUCAAACUUAAAAAUCAAUUUGUUUAUAAUAUUGAACCUUUUUAUAUAUAACUUGGUACAACUAAUGGCUUGCCUCAUUGUGUUGGGAUAGUAUCACAGUGUCGGCAUAUAUAGUGGGGGAUUAUACAUUUACUUUUUAAUCAAGUUUUUUUGUAAUUCAAUGCUGGCAACAAAGUCGGAAACCUUAAUUUACAGGAAAAUAAACCACCAAUCUUGUUAUUUAGACCCCAGUUUAUAGAUUGAUGGGUUCAUUUUGUGCCAAGAAAUUUAAUAAGUUCAAACAAAUAUCUUAAGAUUGAGAGACAAUUGACCACCCCAGUACCCCCCAUUGGCAGUUUAUGAUUUAUUAAACCCCAAGGCUUAUGUACAGUGUAAGUUUUGUUGUGUUACCUUGUUGCAUUUAUCUUUUAAAGAUGAAUUCACCAUUACAUCUUAAUGUCACAACUUUUCCAUCUUGUUUUAUAAUGAUGCUAAAUGAACAGAAACAGGAUUUUGUGUUUAAUCUAUCCUUUAUAUUUUUCUAAGUUUUUCACCACAUGAUGCACUUAAAGGGCAAUACCACUGACGAUGAAACAGUCUGCCUUUGCCUUUGGACAAGUUUUUUUUUUUUUUUAAUCAGCUUAUAUUCAGUGCCACAUUUCAUUGCUGUACCUUGUUUGAACCCUGAAUCUGCAAUGUCAAGUGGAGAUGUUUCAGAAACCUGAGUGUUUCUGUGCGUGCAUACUUUCUGUCCUAUGGUAUUUCAAUAGAAGUUUACACAAAAGUGUUUUUAUUAUAUCUCAAAGUCAUUAAUUUAGUUGCAUUUCUUAUAUUCUAAUCCUACAUAUUAUUUGUAUGGAAUACAACUUUUUUCCAGUUACUUUAAACUGUUGCUGUGUUUUUACACUGUUUGCUGCCAAUAUCUUGCUAAAUUUCCAUAGUACAUUUCCAACAAUGUAUGAGUCAGUCUUAGAGUUUAAUUGGCAACUUAAAAUAUUGAAUGUAUUAUAUUGUGAGCAGAGCACUUGCACACUGAACCAUGCCAGAUAAGAGGAGAGCACUGACAGGGUAUUUGUACAGAAACUGCAGAUUAACAAGCUUUUUUUUUUUUUUUUUUUAAAGAAGGUCACUUAAUACAAUACUUCUUGAUGCUUUAUCACAUAUUAUUUUAAAUCAAAAAUUUAGCAUUGUAUGAUUGUUUGGAACUAAUAACUUUUCAAGGUCUGGACAUUUGAGGAGUUUCCAAGACAAUAGCACACAGAAAGUUGUUAAUUUAUCCAGAGUGAUACUUGACUCUAUUUUUCCAUUAUGUGUAAUUCUUUGUUUGUACUCAAGUUCUAAUAUGUUUGCUGCAUUAUGGUCAGAACUGCACAACGGUUGGUGAUUUGUGGAAUGAUUAUUAUUAGUUUAAACAUGUAGAGACAUAUGUGUGGGAACCGAGUGCCUAUACUGUAUGUGUGUAAAAGGGUAAUUAAUUUGAAAGUCCUUUCUAUCAUCCAUUGGAUAAUAUCCCAUGGCACCAAUUUAACGAUCAAAGCUGGUUUGUUUGUUGUUGUUUUUUAUGUAAAGGUUAACUGUUGUUAAUAUGAAACUGGAACCAAAGUGAAACGGUUUCUCUGGCUCACCAGUUCAUCAGUGUGCAUCCACAUUGCCACUUUGCCCCACUAUCUACUACCAUACAAACUUAAACCAUAGUGAAUCUGUUUUGUAAUAAUUUGGGGUUUUUCCUAAAUCAUUAAGAAAAGUUUUUUUUUAAAUUGCUAGUCUCCAUAUAAAUGGAAAUUGAGUUGUAAUUAUUUGAAUGAUUUUAUUUGUUUUAUUAUAUUUCCAACUAUUUUGGCUCUAAUUCCCUUUUCAGCAAUCUGACUUUCAGAAAGCAAGAUCAAGUACAACUCCCUGUUUGUAGCUACUGUAUAACGAAUUUAUGUAUUCACUUUUCCUGAUAAGAUUCAGACUAUGUGAUAAGAAUAAGGUGCCACGGCUCAAAUGCAAAGGUUUUAAAAAAAAUGUAUGACUUGAAAAUC